AUUUUCCCAUACAAGGGCAGGAUAGAAUUAAUUCGAUGGAAUUUGAUUCCGUCUACAACCGGAAUUCAUGGCAGAAACGGGUAAUUAAAAUUUCCCGGCUAAUGGUUACACUCUCCGGCCAAAACUAAAAAGCCAAACGAGAUUUUUUAUUUUUUUGGAUAAAAAACAAAGAACACUUUUCAUUUUUGUGUUAAUGUUAUCCUCUAUAUUACCAGAAAAAGCAUAAGAAAAUUAGCAUGAAGGAAUAGAGAAACGAAAAUGGCUGAAUUUUACCCUAACCCUAUCAGAGCUUGCCGGCCUCUGAGUUCUCUCUUCCUCCAUCCUCGCAUUCUCUUCCCCAAACCUUCUCACCAUCACACCAAUUUUGUUGGGAAAUCGGCUGUAAUUCGAACUCUGAAACAGCAGACAAGGUUUCAGAUUCUCUCCAAGUCGGAGCCGGAAUUCGGCAUCCUUUCAACGGAAGAGUGUUCCGACGGAAGCGUUGUAUUCCGUUUUGGAAUUGCUAAGGACGAUGAUGGUAAAUCGGUUUCGGGCGUAGAUAUUGAUAAGGUUAUUGUUGAUGGCGGUGAUGCUGACACUGAAGGUUUGGUAAAUGAAAAUGGUGAACAACUGAGUGAGAGUUUGGGGCCUCAAAGUAGUUUAGAGCAAGUUCAGUCUCAUUCUGAAGUAAGAGAAAGAAGCUACCCUGCUCAAGUAAGCAGCGAAAUCAGUAGUGCUGUUCGUGAAGAUUGUAGUGCAGCAGAGUCUUUAUCUAACGGUGUAUCAGGAUUGAGUAAAUCAUUAGUGGGAGAAGCAACAUUUGAGAUUGAAAUUACUGAAUCGUCAAGUGUAGAUGAAGUUUCUAUAAAUAGUGACGAGGACGUCGUUGUGACCAGAAACACUGUUCCCCUAGUUGAUGUUCUCGAUGAGGAAGUACAUAGUGACGGUGAGGAGAAUACUGCUCAAAUUUGUGAGGGUGAAGUUUUACAUGGGUUGGUAUCUUCUAAUUUGUCUAGUGUAGAUGAAGUGUCUCUUAACGAUGAUGAGAACGCUGUUGGGGCUAGAAAUAAUGUUCCCCGCGUUGAUGUUCUGAAAGUGGAAGUGCAUAGCCACAUUGAGGAGAAUACAACACAAAUUUGUGAGGAUGAAGUUAUAAAUGGGUUGGAAUCUUCCGAACUUGACACCACAACAGAGGUAUUUGAUGAUGAGGACGUUGUUGGAGCUAGAAAUACUGUCCCCCAAGUUGAUGUUCUUAAAGAGGAAGUGCAUAGCCACAUUGAGGAGAAUACAACACAAAUUUGCGAGGAUGUUGUUUUAAAUGGAUCGACAUCUUCCGAACUUGACACCACAGAAAAGAAAUCUGAUGAUGAGGUCGUUGUUGGGGCUAGAAAUAUUGUUCCCCAAGUUGAUGUUCUGAAUAAGGAAGUGCAUAGCCCAACUGAGGAGAUUACAACACAAAUUUGUGAGAAUGAAGUUUUAAAUGGGUUGGUCUCUUCCGAACUUGUCACCACAACAGAGUCUGAUGAUCAUUAUACUUCUCCUGCAAGUAAUGAGGAGAGUGCUGAUGUUGCAGUUGCUGAUCUGGGGACAAUUGGUGAAGAUGAUGUUAAUCUGAUUGAGGCAACGAUUGUGUCCUCUGCAGUACAGGUCCAAACAUCUUUGGAUGAGGAAAGUACUCUUAGUGCAUUGGAUGAGAAUGUUGGAGAAAACAAGACUGAAACUUCAUUAGCGAUUGGUUUUGAUGUCUCUUCCACAAAUUGCGAAGAAGAGAGAGGGAGUAAGUUACACAGCAGUAAUGUUGCAGGAGAACUCAUCUCUGAUGUUGUAGAACUCCAUUCAACUGAAGAAGCGACUGCUAGGGAGGAAAUCUCAACAACUGGUCUCGUAUUAUCCACUGGUGCUGCUUUAUUGACACAUCCCUCAAAGGCAUUCAUAGGUGCAGAGGAUGCUUAUUUUGUUGCUUCCCAAAAUUGGCUAGGUGUGGCUGACGGAGUUGGUCAGUGGUCACUAGAAGGAAUCAAUGAUGGAAUAUAUGCCCGAGAACUAAUGAAGAAUUGCGAAAGGAUUGUAUCCGAUUCCAAAGGCACUCUAGUGAAUAAACCAGAAGAAGUUCUUGUUAAAAGUGUUGCAAAAACACAAUUACCUGGAUCAUCUACGAUUUUGGUGGCUUACUUUGAUGGUCAGACUUUUCGUGUGGCCAACAUAGGGGACUCAGGAUUCAUCAUAAUCAGAAAUGGAGUUGUCUUUAAGCGGGCUUCUUCAAUGGUCCACGAGUUUAAUUUUCCAUUACAUAUUGAACGUGGUGAUAACCCCACCGAUCUCAUAGAGGACUACGAAAUCGACUUGGAUGAGGGGGAUGUGAUUGUCACUGCAACAGAUGGCCUUUUUGACAACUUAUAUGAACAAGAAAUUGCUUCAAUUGUAUCAAGGUCACUGGAAGCUGGUUCUAAACCUCAGGACAUAGCAGAGUUGUUGGCAAGUAGAGCGCAAGAGGUGGCGCAAUCAUCAACACCAAGGACUCCAUUUGCAGAUGCAGCCAAGGCUGCAGGGUACGUGGGAUUCACUGGUGGAAAGCUUGAUGAUGUGAUUGUCAUUGUAUCAUUAGUACAGAACACAAUCCACCUCAUAGAGUAGGUUUAAUCUCUUGCUUUGUAUCACUUGUUUAUACACAAGGAAAAAGAAAAAAGAAUGUCUAUAAAUAUAUAUAUAUUUAUAUCCUUUUGUUUUCUAAUUGCCAUAUUCAUAUUUAUGUAACAUACUUCAUCGAAGUUGUAUAUUCUUUCAAAACAAAUUAAAAUAAAAUAAGUUAUACUGAA